AAAAUGGCCGUACAUAUAUUUCUCAUUCUUGCCAGUUACAUGGCUUUGGCUGCACACGGUCAACUGGACGACGAAAUAGCCGAACUAGCGGCAAUGGUCCGAGAAAACUGCGCCGACGAAUCAAGCGUGGAUCUGAAUUUGGUGGAGAAAGUUAACGCCGGUACUGAUUUAGCGACAAUCACGGACGGGAAACUAAAAUGCUACAUCAAGUGCACAAUGGAGACCGCGGGCAUGAUGUCUGACGGCGUCGUCGACGUGGAAGCGGUCUUAUCGCUUUUGCCGGAUUCAUUGAAGACAAAAAAUGAGGCUUCCCUGAAGAAGUGCGAUACUCAGAAAGGCUCCGACGACUGUGACACUGCAUACCUGACUCAGAUAUGCUGGCAAGCCGCAAACAAGGCGGACUACUUCCUCAUUUAGUUCGUAAAACAUUUCUAAAUUUAUCCUUAAGCAAACAAAACUGUCGCGAAAUGAUAACGAAACAAAAUUAUUGUAUUGUGGAAUGCGUUUUGUUUUUUUUUCUGACUUAUAUUGAUGGUAAAUAAAAUUGGAAUGAAGAUUU